GAUGACGACUUUGACCCGCACAGCUUCAAGAGGCGGGCGGUGAGCCCCGGUAUGAGCGUGCACAACUCUCCAAUCAUGCAAAGUCCGCUGCAACGAGACAUGGCCCCGUGGGGCUCCCGGCCGGGGAGCAAUCACGGCGGAGACAGGGCUCCGGGGACGCCAAGCGAAAACGGCAGCUCCGGUGGUAACAACGGCCCUUUCGGUAGCAGCGGAAGGAGCGUCAGCGGCGCCAAAGGGCGGGUUGGAUUCCAGGGCAUGGUUGAUACCAACGACGGUCUGAUGCGUAUGAGCAUCGAGUAA